UAGAGAGUGGCAUCUUCUCCACCAAAACCUCAGGUGACUCCCAAGUUUCCGACUCACCGAAUUAUAAUGGAAGCUCAUCGCUCUCUCGGAGGAAGAUUACAUAGGAAACCCCUCGGAGAUUGCACAAAUACCGUCUCCAGAUCUUCCCAACAGUCAUCUUCUUCGUCCGCUACUCUCGUCAAAUUCGCGAAUCCGAGUCUCACUUCUUCUCUUAAGAGGUUAGUAGAUCAAACCUCGCUCAAGGAGAAAAGCAAAGAUGUUGAUAACUCAAACGCUGCCGCCGAAAACGCUUCCUGCUCUCUUUCCACGAGCGUUAGACCCGUAACUCGCCGUGUGGCCGCCGAUCUGGGUUUUCCGGCACCUACGCCUUCUCGUCCCCCAAAACCCAAAGAUGUCAGUAAAUCAAAGGCUGGUGCCGGAAGCGCUUCCCGGUCUGUUGCCGUUAGACCCGUAACUCGCCGUAUGUCUGCCGAUCUGGGUUCUCCGUCCUCUGCGCCUUCCCGUCCCCAAAACUCGCGCUCUGUUGAGGGCGGUAGUGACAAGGAGGUUGCUGAGCCGUACUCGGUUUACACGGUAAGAAGGAAGGCUUCUGGGAGAAAAAGGAAUAUAGACGCAUCCUCCUCUGGUGCAGUGACUCGCCUUCGCCUUGACUUGAUAUCAAGCUCUGGGAAGAAAACACAUCAAGCCAAUGAAAACAAACCGAAGCCCUCGAAAGCGGCUCCCAGAAAGAGGCAGCGAACGGUAAAGGAUGAGAAAGAUAAUUUGGCUCAUGGAGUUUCUCAGGAUUAUAUCGAGCAGCAGAGAGCGUAUUUUGCAGAGGUCGAUGCAUUUGAGCUGCCAGAAGAAGAGGUAUCUAGUAGCGACUUAGACUAAGUAAGAAGUGAUAACUAUCUUAAGGAUAUCAAUGACACACCAUAACCCGUUCGUAUCACUGUAUAGCUAAGGUUUCUUCUCACUGGGAAUAUUUCACUGAUCCCUUUAUACACAUGACAUGCCAACCUUUAUGUAUAAAAAAGGAUAUCAGUUUAUAAUAUUUGACUUCGUUUUACUGGGAGAACUUUCGUGGUUCUUAGAUAGAUAUGAAAUGAAAAA